AUGAAGUUCACAGCCCCACAGCCAAUAAAGCAACCCCUGGAGCAAAGGGACAAAAGCAAGCAUUACGCUUAUUAUCGAGAUUAUGGGCAUUCAACCAAUAAUUGCAGAUCCCUUAGGCGACAAGUGGAAAAUAUGAUAGCCAGAAGUGAGUUGGCGGACUACCUCAUGACAAAAGAGUAUGUAAAGCCCCGCGAGGUCUAUCCUCGCAAUGUAGAAGGUACACAAGUAAAGGUCAUUCAUGCAAUACAUGGCAGGUCUGAAGAUGAUCAAGAGUUUGAGGGGGUAUACAGAUCCAGAUUGAGGGCAUCCCACAAGCUCAAGAAGAUAUCCUCAGUCAAUGAUAUCGCUUCGGGUAGCAUCAGUAUUGGAUUCGGAGAUGGCGACCUAUCCAAAGUUUAA